AGGAGGGAAGGAGAGCGGCCUUCCUGGCUGCCUGAACCCUGCCCUCCGCCCCCUGCCUGCCCCGGGAAAGAGGCGGCGCCGCCGUCGUCCUCCCUUCGCCGGCCGAGGGAGAGGGAAGGAGGCGGAAGGGGCGGAGGCGGCGCUGCUGCUCCCCAAGAAACAAGGCCCAAGCCCCGCUGCCUCCAGGCUCCGCCCGCCGCCGCCGCCAAGGAGGAGGAGGAAGAGGAGGAGGAGGCCUCGCUCGCUCGCCUCAGCGGCUUCCCCCCUCGGCCCUGGAGAGGUUCACCUCAUUUUCGGCAGGCUCCACAGCCUCCCCUGCCACUCGGGAACUUCUCCUCUGCCAGGGGAGGUGUGAGGGGGAAGCUGCGCCUUUUUAGUGGGAAGGAGGGCCUUCCUCAGCGUCCCCAGCCUCCCUCACCUGGCAGCCCAGAUUCCUGGGCAGCCCUUCGCCAUCCCUGGCCUUCCUAGUCUUCCCAGGCAUCUCUAGUCAUCCCUUGCCUGGCACCCUUUGGCCUACUUUGGCAUCUCUUGCCUUCCUAGACAGCCCCAUACCAAGCCUCCCUGGGCAUCCCUAGCAUUUUUAGCUAUCCUUAGCAACCCUAGCUUGGCAGCUUGAGUUUUUCUAAGAGUCCCCUAGGCAUCCUUAACCUGGCACCCCAUCGCCUUCCUAGGCAUCCCCAGCCUUCCUAGGCAUUUAGCCUUCCUUGGCAUUCCCAAGCUUGCCACCCCUAGCCUGGCACCCCAUAGCCUUCCUAGGCACCCCCAGCCUCCUACAUUUAGCCUUCCUAGGCAUCUCCUAAUUCGCCACCCAUAGCCUGGCACCCCAUAACCUUCCAAGGCAACCCCUAACUUGCCAUCCUUAACCCGCCACCUCAUAGUCUUCCUAGGCAAUCCCAGCCUUCUACACUUAGCCUUCCUUGGCAUCUCCUAACUUGCCAUCCCUAGCCUUGCACCCCAUAGCCUUCCUAGGCAUCCUAUAAUUUGCCAUCCCUAGCCUGGCAGCCUAUAACUUUUCUAGACACCCUAUAACUUACCAUCCCUUACCAUCCCUUUUCUAGACACCCUAUAACUUACCAGCCUUGCAACCCAUAGCCUUCCUAGGCACCAUAUAAAUUGCCAUCAUUAACCUGGCACCUCAUAGCUUUCCCAGACAGCCCGAGAUUCCUACAUUUAGCCUCCCUUAGCAUUCCCUAACUUGCCAUCCCUAGCCUGGGACCCCAUCACCUUCCCAAACAGCCCAGCUUUCUACAUUUAGCCUUCCUAGGCAUCCCCUAACUUGCCAUCCUUAGCCUGGCACCUCAUACUCUUCCUAGGCAUCCCCAGCCUUCUACAUUUAGCCUCCCUUAGCAUCCCCUAACUUCCCAUCCCUAGCCUGGCACCCCAUAGCCUUCCUAGGCAUCCACAGCCUUCUACACUUGGCCUUCCUAGGUAUCUCCUAUCUUGCUAUCCCUGACUUUCUUAGGCAUUUUUAGCCGGCAUCCCUAGCCAUUCUAGGCAUCCCGGGCCUGGCAGCUUGAGCCUUCCUAAGCAUCCUAGCCUGGCCUCUCUUAUCCUUGUAUCCUCUGGCUUCCUAGGCAUCUCUAAGUUGGCAUUCCUAGCCUUCCUAAACAUGCCUAGCUUGGUACCCUUAGCCUUCCUUGGCUUUCCUAGGCAUCUCUAGUCUGGUAUCUCUAGGCUUCCUUGGCAUCCCUGUCUUCUUUCCAUUCCUAAACUCCAUUGUUAUAUCUGUCCUGGCAUUCCAGGCCUGGCAUCCUUAUCCUCUUUAUGCAUUCCUAGUCUGGCAUCCCUAGCCAGCGUCCCUACCCUUCCUAGGUCCUGUCAUCCCCUAUCCAUAGGUAUUCCUUGGCAUCCCUAUCCUGGCUUCUCUAUCCUUCUUACACAUUCCUGUCCUGGCAUCCCUAGGUGUUUUAGCUUUUUUAUAAAAGACUAGGGAUGCAGGUGGGAAAGAAGGAUGGGAUGUGCAGACCCAACCAGAGAGCUGGGGUAAAAAUAAAUUCCUUUAGUAGAGGUGUGCUAUAGAAUUGCAGGGCAGGAAUGAAAAGCUGCUGUGAAAGGAUUUUGUAGGAAAAAUCAGUCUAGGUUAAGAAGCACCUGUAAGAAACACCUGCUGUAAGAAACACCCUGGCCAAGAAGCAGGUUGAGACCUUCACAUGUAUUUGUAUCGAGGAUUUGUCAGGCUUAGGUGAACCUGCCUACUUUUAAGUGUCCCUUUCUUGCUUUGCGAGCCCCAACAUCAAAAGAUGUUGGCAGAACAGACUCAGAAGUGGUUCCCAACUCACGUGCAGGUCACUGUCCUUCAGGCCAGAGAUCUGAAGCCAAAGGGCAAAAGUGGCACCAAUGAUGCCUAUACUAUCAUCCAGUUGGGAAAGGAAAAGUACUCCACCUCGGUGGCUGAGAAGACCCUGGAUCCGGUAUGGAAAGAAGAGGCCUCCUUUGAGCUGCCUGGAUUGCUGAUGGAAGGCAAUACUGAGAAAUACAUCCUCUGCCUGAUUGUCAUGCACAGGUCUCUUGUCGGGCUUGACAAAUUUCUGGGGCAAGUGGCAAUAAACUUGAAUGAAAUCUUUGAGGACAAGCUUAGAAGGAAAACAGAAUGGUUCCAUUUAGAAUCCAAACAAGGAAAAAGAACUAAAGAUAGAGGAGAGAUCAAAGUAAAUAUCCAAUUUAUGAGGAAUAAUAUGACCGCAAGUAUGUUCGACCUCUCAAUGAAAGACAAGACUAAAUCUCCUUUUGCCAAACUGAAGGACAAAAUGAAGGGUCGCAAGACUGAAGGGGCAUUUUUGGAUACAUCUUCUGCUAUCAUUCCAAGUACACAUAUGCCAGAAUCUAGCACUGUAACUUCCCUCAGUGAAAUACAGUUAAAAUCAAAACCAAAAAAGCCUUUUCUUUUGGGACCUCAACGACUGUCUUCAGCUCAUUCAAUGUCUGAUUUAACCGGUCCUCAGGUGACUUCAGAAAAAAUUAAGUCAGGCACAGUUGGCAACACAUACCUCUUCAGGCGUCAGCUGGAUUCAGUUGGUUCUGUGGAUGAGACUGGAAAUCUGAAAUCUCCACACAGACGGACAUUAAGUGCAGAUACAAGUAAAGUGAAUCAGCUUGACAGCACAAUUGAUGAUAGUGACUCAGCCUUUGGAGCACAAAAUGACCCUUUUACAAAUGUGAGUGCUUCGUUGCCUCAAAAGUUUGCCACAUUGCCAAGGCAGAAGAAUCCAUUUGAAGAAACCCCUGUAUCAUGGGACCAAAACAUAGGUCUCUUUUCAAAACCUAUUGAAAUAAAAAAAGACAUUAAAAGGGAGAAAAAGGAGAAGGUUAGUCUUUUUGAAAGAGUGACUGGAAAAAAAGAUAGUAAGCGGUCAGAUAGACUUAGCAACGGAGGAUCAGAUGGCUCCACUGAUUUGAAAUCACCCAGCGCUUUGGGAGAAAAUCUUCAGGACAGUUUUGAUUAUGAGUCAUCUAAUCCCUUUAUGACAACUUUCAAGCCAGUCAGUAUGCUGUCGUCUUCUAGUUUUAAUGUGAAACCUGCAAACACUGAAAAUCUCCGGAAAUCAACGGAGGGAAAUCCUUUUGAUGCAACCUCAGGAUACCGUAAUCUUACGUAUGAAGAGAUCUUACAAGAAUUAGUGAAACACAAAGAACAACUUAAGAAGAAGGACACUCAUAUUCGUGAACUUGAAGACUAUAUUGACAAUCUUCUUGUACGAGUAAUGGAAGAAACUCCCAGUAUUCUCAGAGUGCCAUAUGAACCUUCUCGAAGAGCUGGCAAAUUUGCAAAAAGCUAAAGUAAUGUUAGUAUCCUGUGUUGCUUCUUUGCUUAGACAGAUUCUUACUGCAAUGUUUUGAUAUCUUACUUUCUAUUUUCCACUCUUUUAAUUCACUCCAAAUAUGAACUGGUAUCUGCCAAAACUGGCAAUCUGUACACGAGCUGUAUAAAAGUGAAAUGUGAGUUUCAAUUGCUUUAAAACACUCCUUUUAACUCAAACAUUUACCUGCCAAUGUAUUCUGUUUUUGCUUUAAUGCAGUUAUUGUGUACACCACUGUAGAGCUACAAUCCCAUACUCUUACUUGAAUAUUUAUUUUGUUCUUCAGUCAAUCUCUUUGAUGUUAAGGCAUGCUGUCAAAGUGGAUGCGCACAAGCAGGAUGUGUUUUGCAGCUAUCAACAUGAAGGAAAAUGUGAUAAUGUAGGAUUUUAUUGUUGACAGUCUAGAACUAGGAAUCAUCAAUACAGACCUAUUAAAUGGAAGUGUCAUAAGAUGUUUUUGCAUAAGGAUGUUGACAGUAUUGAUUCCAGAAUGGAAUGUGUUUGAAGAGCUACGUUUAUGCUCUUUCAGAAAUGUGCGCUUUUGAAAUUAUAUCCCUUGGUAUGGAUGUGAAAAGAGCUAGACAUAUGUACAAGGAUACAGCAUACUACUUGUUUAGGCAUCGAAGUAUACUUUAAGAUGAGGUAAACAGAAAACGGUAAUGAGUUAAUACCUCAUUUACUUAAAGUCUAUAUAAAUGAGGAGGAGACAAAGGCUGACAGAGAAAUCUGAAGAAUCAGCAUUUCAGCAUAUUUCCUUGGCAUUUACCAGUUUGCAUCGGGAAAUAUUUUGAAUGUUGUGCUUUUACAAAUCUAUGCCUGGUUUAAAGAGUUUUUGGAGGGUUUUCAAUCCUAUAUGCUGUGUCAAAUUUAAAUAUUGUCAUUCGUUUGAGAGUUGCAGAUGUAAUUGAUUAUGCAUGCCUGUAACAAGGUAAUAUUUGUGUAUAGUGUUGUGCAUUGAUUUCAAAGUGGCAAAAUGCAAUGGAAAACACUGCCAUAAAGAAAAGUUUGUUUACUAUA